AUGAAUAGAUUAUUAAAAAGUGUUCGUUCCGUGACAAAUAACAAAGACGAAAUUCUUAAGAAGUCGAUCAUUAACCAGUUGUCGGACAGUUGCAAGGAAAUUCACUACUCUAACGUCGAAGAAAACAAAUCGCCGAGAAGCUCCGAAAUAUCCAUUACCGAAGCUGCAAACACGCUCUGCUCGACGAUCGAGGCCCUUUUCCUGCACGGUUUAAGGGACACGCUAACUCACAAGUUCAAAAAGGCCUUGUCCGAUUUCGACGAACAACCCGACCCGAGUUUUUGGCCGCCUUUGCUAGUCAUUUCCCACAGGCAAAUCAUCGAUCAAAUAACGAAUUUAUCGCAAAUAACAACAGAAGUAGGACAAUGCAGAGCGUGGAUACGAUUAGCUUUAAACGAUUGCCUUCUUUCCUCAUAUCUAAUGACAAUUAAGCAAGACUCCUCGUCGUUAAAAUCCUACUACAGGGUGAACGCUUUCAUCAGAGACGGUGAGCUAUUAGACGUGGCCCAACGGCUGAUCGAAGGCGUCGAAGCCUUCAAAACCUUCACACUCCCGUUCAAUUCGAGCCUGUUGAACACGUGGCCUCUACCGAGCCUGAUACUAGCCGGCAUUUGGGCGCCCACGUUGAAAUCCUGCCCGGUCGCGCCCUGCGACGACGUCGCCCAAGCCAUCACCGAAUCGACGAAGUCCUCGAAUUUCGAGAACAGCUCCGACACGGCCUCCGUAUGCUCGGGCUUGUCGUUCAACUCGCAGUCGUCGGGGCUGCGCCAGAUCGUCGCGCUGACGGAGGACGAGGUGUUGAAGAUAAUCCUGGCCAAGGACAAAGACAGGGCGCCGGCCAAUUCGCAGCCGAUCGACGAGGCGAAGUCGUCGUGCGGCUCGGAGCCGGAGAGAAGCAGCGACUUCGAGGCGAACUACUGCGUGGGGAACUCGCUGGGCAAGCGGACCGGCUGGUCGUUCGACGAGAGCCAGGCCGGCGAAGCGCCGGCGGGCGAUAAAAAGGCGGUUAAAGAGAACGACAACGAGCCGAAAUCGAUGGAUACCAGUUUCAAUGCUCUGAUUGAAAGUUACAAUUUGCUUAGCGGGUCUUUUAUUAAAACGCCCGACAUAAGGGAGGUGUGGCAGAAGUUCGAGGACGAAAGGAAGGAGACUGAGGUUGUUAAAGUUGAUCAGGAGAAAUCCGUUGUUAUAGUGGCCGGGUCGCCCAAAAUUGAAGCUAGCUUGGCGAUGAAGAUUGGCAAAAUCUCGAGAGAAAAGGGUUUAGAUGCCCAAAAUUACGAAUGCGCGGAAUGCAAACAACCAUUAGGAAUAGAUAAUAAACCAAAAGUGUGUGCCUUCACUGGUGAUUAUUUUUGUGAUAAUUGUAUGAAUCCGGAGCCAGUUCAAAUUCCCGCUAGGAUUAUUCAUAACUGGGAUUUCAAACCACAUCAAAUUUCUCGUAGAGGAAUUAAUUACCUCAACGAAGUUAAAGACCAUCCCAUAAUUGACUUCAAGGUUUACAAUCCCCAUAUUUAUGGAGUAAUCGAAGAAAUGGCUCAGCUGCAAAUAUUGAGAAACCAACUUAAUUUCAUAAGAGCGUAUUUAUUCACUUGCCGGGAGCCCGUUAUAGAAGAACUUCAGAAGCAAAUGUGGCCUAGGGAAUAUAUGUACGAACAUAUUCAUCAAUAUUCAAUUUUGGAUCUUUCGGAUGUGAUGAAUGGACUGCUGGCUCAACAAUUGGAGAAAGUGAUCGCGUUUGGAAAGCAGCACGUCUACAGCUGUUGGUUGUGCAGCCAAAAGGGGUUCGUUUGCGAAGUGUGCAACAAACCGAAGCCCCUGUUUCCGUUUGAAACUGAUAUCGUUUAUCGUUGUGACGAAUGCAGUGGCGUUUACCACAAAUUGUGUUUGAAUUCUUCUAAACCGUGUCCGAAGUGCAAGAGGCGGAGGAAACGCGAGGAAUUGCCCCUUCUCGGUGCUGUAACUAUUAAUUAA